UGAGAAAUUUUAUUCCUGCACGACUCAUUGCCAACACUCUCCUUAUUUUCCCCACUCAUUCUGUGUCUUUCCCACUAGAGUCCUCUUAUUUCUGACUAGUGUCCCUGAUUUCUGACAUGUUCUUAACGACAUCUCGCGGCGCACUACGCGAAACACUACGCGUGUUUCCGUGCGCUGCGAGAUGUCUACGCGAAUUACCACAGCGAUACUCAGACAUAACCUCAGAAACGCCAGAAACCGAGACCGACUCAAUGUAAAAUUUCUCGUGUACCCGAAAUCGUCGAGGAGUCGCGUAGCGGAUGUGUAUGUGUGUGCACGUGUGUCGCGCGGAUUUGCACGCCAGGACGAUCGAUAAACCGUCCGUCGUCGGGAUCGCGUCUUCCGGGAACGAAACGCGAAUCGUCGGGAAGUCCGGCACGUGCCGGCACCGUUCCCUCGAGCUACGAGCCGGCGAAAACCUAAUCUGCAAAGGCAACUGUGAAACGGAGACGCUUCGAGCCUACGAGCAUUUUGAUUCAAUUCUUAUUGGUCAAGACAUUGGACUACUGUGCAUACGUGAGGCGAAUCGCUGGCUAAAGGAGGAAAUCGUUCCCGAGAACUUAGUUUAUGCGCGGGUAUUACGGAGGGAGGAACGAGCCGUCCCUCAAGUCUAAUCCUGAGCCAGGGGUUCGAAUACUUACUUAACAUUGGCGGGACGCAAGAGGAAGAGAGGGUGGGCGACGAGAGUACGGUGAACCGGAAGCGUACGCGACGGUGGCCGGCUCGGUCGAGGAGGAGUUCGCGGCGGCGCCUGGGCCGCGCAUGCUUCAACAACGAGGCUGUAUAGCAACAGCAACGACACCCGCAUCCGCUACGACGGCCAGCUCAGCAUCAUCUUCUUCAUCUUCAUCGUCCAACAUGUUCCCACAACAGUACUGCCUGAGAUGGAAGUACCAUCACAGCAACCUGCAAACCAUGUUCUCGCAGUUGCUCGAGCGGCAGGCCUACUGCGACGUCACGCUCGCCUGCGAAGGCAAAACGUUGCGAGCACACAAGGUUGUACUGUCGGCGUGUAGCACAUACUUCGACACGAUUCUAUCGCAGUACGAGGAGAAGGACCCCAUCGUCAUCAUGCGUGACGUCAAAUUCUCGGACAUCAAAGUGCUGGUUGAGUUCAUGUACAAGGGAGAGAUCAACAUCGAUCACACGAGGUUGUCGUCGUUACUGAAAACCGCCGAGGAUUUACACAUCAAGGGGCUCGCCGAGGUGAGCUGGCGCAGCGAUUCCACGCAAAACGACCUAAAUAACACCGGCCACAGUCCCGGCACCGGGACGCCCGGCGUGGAGACGGUUUUGCGGGAAGGUGAAACCGAGGAUCCACCAGCCCCCAAACAGAGACGCAGAGGUCGUCCGCCUCUGGAUGACCCACCGUCGGCACACGACGUCUUCACACCCAAGAUCACUUGUAUCACCGGGAACGAGGAAAUGAUGAGCGAGGGCGGCGACCAUGAGAGUUGGGACGACGAGAUGAUGAUGACGACCGAGAAUAACGAAACACCACUGCCGGUGGUAAGGCCAAUUAUCGUUAGAUAUGAUUCUCCCUGUUCCUCUUCACUUGCAGACCUGUCCUACAUGUCCAAGGAUGACGCAUCUGAAGAAAAGAAAGCGCCCAGCACUCCGUCAAAUUCUAACGCCACAAAUCUGUCGAUUCCCGAACAAUUCCGAGACGUAAUAAAGAUGAACGAUUACUUGACGACGGGACGCCGACAAGAAUUCUGGGAGGAACCUUUUACGCGCCGCGUUAUGGACGCCAUCAAGAGCAAAGAGCUGGAGAUGAAGACCGCCGCUGAAAUCCUCGGCGUCUCUUACGGCACUCUCUACGGCAGAUACCGCGACAGUUAUGGUUGCCUUAAACAUCCGUACAGAGUAAGGGAUUUUUGGUCUGAGCCGGGCCCCGCGGAAGUGUUGGCGAAAUUGCGGCGAAAGGAGAUAACAUUAUUCCGGGCCGCCGAGUUCCUCAAUGUCACCGUCCACACACUCGCGACUUAUCUGUCAACGCUGCAAGGCCCGGACAGAAUUACGUUAGCUGAGAACGUAGCGUCCAGCGGUAGCAUCGACAGCGGCAGCAACAACAACGCAACUGAAUCGACGACAACGGAGAACAGCGAGUCCGUAAACGACAUCCUGCAGAAGAUCAACGCGAACGUGGCGACCACGACGUCAAUCAAACGCGAGGGCGGCGGCUACAUUGAAGUGCCGACGGCAGUGUCGAAGUGUUCCACCACGUCCGUGCUGGAGAACAAUCCGGACAUCACGAUCGUCAAAACGGAGAACAUGUUGCGUAAACGCGAAUAUUCGAAAAUGUCUAGCACAGAGAACAACAACGCGAAGCUGAUGAGCGGCGGUGCGGUCAGCGAGAUCAGCCAGCAGCAGCAACAGCAACAGCAGCAGCAACAGCAGCAACAGCAACAGCAGCAGAAGCUCCCCGACCCGUUAUCGUUAAAUAACGACAACAGCAAACCCUAACUAUUCAGACCCUACUUGACACCUACGGCGAAUCACCAUCAUCCACGCAGCGUAGCGCCAAGCGGAGCCAACUAUAGAUCCGACCUGCAGUGCCCGCGUAGUUUCUAUUCCAACGUGUUUACCCGCUUUCUCACGAAUUUUCAUUUGAAGUAGAUACAAAGAACAAGAGGCAAAAGAGGAGCGACGCUGGACAUCGCUGUUCCGCGCACGUCGGAUUCCCUUAUAGUAGCCUCAGACAAUCUCGCGUGCGAUUGUUCGCGAUUGACGGCGAGCCGUGGCUGCGGCGGGUCGGAUAAAGCGAGAACUUGGACGAAUCCUGCGAAUUCUCCGAAUCCUGCGUUCCCGCGCGACCACGGCUUAUCGUCGUAUUUUUCACGUAUUAAGAAGAAUAUUAACGUCGCGAAUUUUCCUAGCGGAGUUAGUAUCGAAAUUCCUCCUGUUUUAAAUUCAAAUUAGGCUCGCUUUUGAUCAACAUAGGUCGAUAAGCACGCGUGUGCAUACGACCUUGGCCUUUAUGAGAAAAAAUGAAAAAGCAAAAGAAGCAACAAAAGGGAUAAAGCGUAUAAUAAAAAGUUCAAUCGAAGUUCCUUUUGAAUAACGAUGUAGAGUGUAUUAUCGCAACAAAGAAUGCCUAUUUUCUGCCGCAUGUGUCUGUAUGGUAAAGAGCGACAAUAUAUUCACCACAAGUAGAUCCAUCAUAGUAAUACACCACAGAGAGAAAUGGAGGAAGGGAGGAAAAGGGGAAAGAAAGAGAGAGAGAGAGAGAGAGAGAGAAAUAAAGCUGAAUAAUGGUCCUUCGACGUAGAUAUAUUCCACGUGCGAUCGUCGUUAGGAUCGCGUUAGGAUCACGUUUCAGUUAAUGCCCGUAUAUAAACUCGAGAAUUUAAAUCAUAAAGCUUGUACUAUUGGAAAAGGCGUCCAUUCGAUAUGCGAUAUACGAUACGCGACACAGGAAAAUAUAUAUGAAGCGGAAGCAAAACCUGAGAAAGAAGGCGAUUGUAGAUAGUAUUCUCAGCCAUUUGUAUUUAAAAGAGUAUUUAGUGAGAUAGAGAGUGAGAGAAUGAGAGAGAGAGAGAGAGAGAACGAGAGCGAGUGAGAAAAAAUCGCCACUUCAAGUUACACGUGUCCAAUAGUAAAUCGUUUAUGAUUUAAAAAUAUUUUCGUGAUGAAAGCCUUAACGUCAGAAACUUGUUUUUUCCACGUUAUUGAUUUGCUGACAAAAUUUAUAAGUAAAAUAUUUGUUUUACAUGUGUUACCGAUAUUUUCUAAAAAACGGUACGUAAAACGGCUAACAAUAAGUUUUAAAAGCGCAAAGGCGUUGCGAUGGGUAAUGAUUUUUGCGCGUCUUACAAAAAUCGCGCCUUCGCCUUUUUUCCCGAGUAUUUGUAACGUGGGGAUAGUUAAGUCCCUUAAUGGGAUAGUCCCUUGUGUACAUAAUGGAACACGAUAAUAGCGUAUAAUAGUGUACACCAUUCUAUUUUGUUUCUCUUUUAUACCGUUAUAUAAUGCUGCACUUAGCAGUGCUUUUUAUUUUAUAAAUGAUGUUUAUUACUUGUGUAUAUACGAGAUAUUUUUUUAUUUCUUCUUCUUUUACGAGAAAGUAUUUUUAAUAACUUUUAUUGGAAUGAUAAUCGUCGACUAAUAUCAAAACAUUCGUUAGAUAGAGUGCAAUAUUCGAAAAUAAUAUUAUUUGGCAUAUAAUGUACAUUAAAAAGAACUAAAAAAGAAAUAAAAAAUAGAAAGAAUUGCUGGUGCAAUUAUGGAUUUUUCUUAAAAAAACGCCAUUGAAUGAUAUUUGCAAUGAACAAUGCCUACGGUAAUGCUGUUACGCACUGUAUCGUUGUUCCCCCCUAUUUAUAUAUAAUAUAACUCGCGAUUCCGUUUAGUUUACUUUUUUCGUAAGCUUUCACAGGCGCGAUAUUUACGUUAAGUUAGAUAAAGAAAUGGGGAAACCCAGACAGCGCUCUAUAUAUAUAUAUAUAAUGUACAAUAAUCGUACUCCAUGAGACAUUGACUGGAAAUGAGUAUUCCUGUUCGAAGGUAAAACUAAGUAAGAAUUAGUAUAGUAGAGGUAUCUCCGAUGAUAUUUUUCGAUGAUAUAAGACUUAAGUUACAUUAAAGAGGAGAAUUCAUUAUCGCGGAGGGUACUUGUAAAGUAAUCCGAACGAGCGGAGUAAUACCGUACGAAGUACGAUAAGAAACGAAAGAAGAGAAACGGCUUCCCUUUCGUAGCCGUGGAAAUUUCAUUGUGACGAGUGCAAGGAGCGUAAAGAUUUAAAAGUAUCGUGAGGUGUGUAAAUAUAGCGGUGUACGAUAUUUACUAGAAACGAAAAAUCAAGAGACGCAUCGUUUGCUCUUGACACGUGAAUGCGGGCAUGUAUGUACCUCUCUCUUUCUAAACGGACCCCGAAGUCGACUGACUAUUAAGGUAAACGAAGAAAAAGAAAAUCACAAAAAUAUAAAAAAAAAAGCGUAACGAUAAGCGAGACUCUCGAUUAAGUGUGCGGCGCACUCAGAUACGAGAUACACACAGGCAUGCACGUGCAAACACACAGUUGUGGAUUCUGCGAGAGAAAGUAUUUCCGGCGGACGCGCCGAAGAGACUUAUCCGACGAAUUAAGUACUUUCUUUAGCCUACUUUGUAUAUUUAACACGAAAUAUCGUUUUUUUUUUCGGAUGUUGGCAGAGCGAAGUCUUUCGAUUACUUUACGAGUGCUCCGGACCGAUCAUUUUUAUCACAUGCGUAUGUGUAUGAUUUUAUAUGCAACAACAUCGCACGAUCUACGAUAAUUUUAUUUGUAACUCGUAAAUUGUAAGAGAGGAAAAGAGAAAGAAAAAAGAUAGAUCUGUUCAUCUUCACCGUUAAUUUAAUGACUUUCGUCAGAUUCAUUGUAUCUUCUCAUCGAAACUUUGUAUUAAGUGACGGAGUAACUUCUCCCUUUUUUUCUCUUCUAUUUUACUUUCCUUUUUAAAAAAAAAAAUAAAAUAAGACUAAGACAUACCAAAUGAGAAAUGUAAGGACAAGUUUCGUUAGGUUAGUAUCUAUCGCAUAUCAUGGAAGCAAAAAUACAUGCGCUGAUACACACUGUAUUUGCCUAUGGCGUUCGGGUAUGUUUAUAUCUGGGACGCGCGAGACCACUUUUACUCUAGCAAGAGUAUACGACUAGAAGUAUUAAUAUUUAAUAAUAAUGAUCAAUAUAUAUGUAUAUAUUGAUACUCGGAUGGAUGGUCACGUUUUCGAGCGUCGAGCCGUGGAACAAAUGAGGAAUAAUAUCAAAUCUUGGGAUUAUUUUUAUUUUAUUUUUACUAUUAUUAAUGUGUAAUUUAUAUUAUUAUUAUAUACUGUUAGUCAAAACUUUUUAUGUUUAUUAUAUAAAAAUCACGAAAUUUUCAACAGAAUUUAUAUGCAGUGGUGAUUUUAUUUAAAAAAAUAUAUGUAUAAGAAGAAAAAUAUUUAUAGACACAUUUGAAAACUUGUAAAUGUUUUAGAAUUUAUAUAAAUUUUCAAAUUACAUGUAUUCGUUCUCUCUAUUUUUACCUAAAAAUUAUUAUAUAUAUUAUACAUGUAAUAAUUAUAAUAAAUAUAAUUUACACACUAAUCUGAAACAUUUACAAAUUUCUGACUCUACCUGAAUAUAUACAAAUUUUGUUCUCUUUUAACACCGGCGAAUUUUCAUUCAAGUACAAAGCGCCCACGAAUCCAAAAUAUAGCGUGUCGGCAAGAAGCACGCGUUAUGCCAAAUUGUGUGCUCAAAGACUGAUGACCAUUCAUUUGGGGGAGAUUCUUAAUUGUAUCAUAAAACCACGCGAUCGUUUUUUUUUUUUGUUUUUUUUUUUUCGUGAAAGGGGCGAAAGAGAGAGUGCGAGUCAGCGUGAAUGCGGUGACCGCGCGAUCACAUUGUACGAGAAGACAGGACAAGACUAUUAGCCUAUUGGCAAGCGACGCGCCGUGUGCCCUGGAACGUCGUACCAUGAGACUAAAAAAAAAAUCAAUAUCAUAACUAUGUGUCGUUUGAUAUAAACGAGUAACGAGUAAAUAGUAUGUAUCAUCGUUUUAUACACAACCUAAUUAAAUAUCUCUACGUACACUAUGUACAUUCCUAGUAUACACGCUCUUCACUGUCAUACACGUUGCAUUACACGCGUAUAAAGGAGAAGAAAACGCAUGGACCUAUUAUAUACAUAUAUAAAUAUACAUAUAAAUAUAUAUAUUUAUAAUAAUUAUUAUAACUAUUCCAAAAACGGACCACCGCGACAUCGACGUUUACGGAUGAUCAUUAAAUUAAAUGCAAGAGAAAUUCAUCGACGACACUCACGCCGCGCAUUAAUCGCCAUCGUCAUUAUCAUCGCCAUUAUCAUCAACAUCGUCAUCAUCAUUAUCAUCGGUGAUAACGUCAAAAGCAUUCGCGUAUUUCGCGUUGGACAACACGCCCGAUUACCGGAGUGUCUCAUGUAUAACACGCACGAACAGUCAAACCUGUCGACCUGCCUGCAGUGUAAAAAAAAAAAGAAGCAUUUCUAACAAACACGUGCACCCCCUUGAGCGCAAUAGAGAAAGAAGGAGAUAGAGAAAGAGAGAACAAAAUAUAUGAAUAUAGUUUUACAAAAAGGCUUCGCCUCCGGCCGCCUCCCUUAGUUUUAUACUUGAGACACGGAAAAGGCUGAAAAGCGAAAAUCAGCCGACGAUACUUCGAACGACCUCGAUCCUAUGUAAAGUUACAUUCUUUCACCGAUGAACGCGAUCAUUGUAUACAUACAUUACACACGGACACGUUCGCGGAGACGAAGUACACACACGCGUUUUCUCGAGCUCAUUUAUCUCUCACAAGACUUUGUACCAAUUCUCUCUUCACUUAGUCCCGACAUUUCGAAGCUGGCGAGCGCGACAGCGGAUACUUACGCGCGGAUCGCGCGAGCUUGGAAGAGUUCCGACGUCGCGCUCCGAAAACGUGAAAUGUCAGUCUCUUAGCCAAAGCUAGAAUUUGCGUUUUUAUCUCUUAGUACCUUCUUUCCCCCCCCAAUCCCCCGUCCACCCUUCUUCGUCCUUUUCCUCGUUCCCCCUCCACACGACGUAUAUAUUUGACACGUUAUCAUGAUUGCUAUUAAUUUUAAUUAUAAUUUCUCUGAGGAUAGAUAGAGAUAUAUAUUAUAUAUAUAUAUAUACCUUAAUAAACGUGGUAAAUUUAAGCUUAGAAGAACAAUAUACCUAGUUGAUAGAGUUGAAGUAUACAUACAUAAAAGUGAAGUAUAUGUAUAUGUAUAUAUAUAAAUAUAUUAUAUAUAUAUACAUAUAUGUUGAUAAAGUAAUUAUUGAGGUCGUAAAUUUAUAGAAGUUGGGGUCGAACGCAUACAAUGCCGUAAAGACGACAACCGGUAUAUUUACCGUUUAAGAAUUAUUAAGGCUCGGGUAUAGACGGCGAAAUAUACACACGUAUAUAUACAUAUAGGCAGCCUCGGUUGCCCAACCGGGGGCUGCGGCUCUCCGCGGAGAAUAUUCAUUGAUUGAACAAAAGAUGAAGAUCAGUAAGUGUAAAUGUUUGUAAACAAAUUAUGAAAUUAUUUGUUCAGUGCCUACAUAUUUACACAGUAAUAAUAAAGAUGAAGAUUAGUGAAAU